AUGGCCAUGCCCGGCCGCUAUGAUGCACGUGAUGGCGGACACGUCUUCACGAGCAUUGGAUCAGGCAGCCAGCCUACGAGGACGACUCGCACUUGGACGCAGGAUGGUGUUCAUUACACUGUAGAUACUACCAGCUGGUCGAGUCCUGGCCUUUCUUUUGGAGCCAUGACUGGCAGCGCGAAUGGAAGUCUUGGUCGGAGUUUCACCACGCCGGUUCGACCAGCUGUGAGGUCGGGAGGUGGUGGUCUUUUUGGAAGUGCAUUUGGACUGCUGGAGGAUAUGCUGUCUUUGCAACAGCAGCGACACGCCGUGGCUCAAGGAAACAUGGGUCAGACCCCAAAUGGCCGCCGGCGAGUUCAUGUGGAGGUAGAGAGCGAUACCGAUGACGACUUGGCGUACGAGUAUGACGAUCGCUCGAGAUCGAAAGGCGUGUUUUCGAGGCUGAAAGACAGACUCUUGGAUGGGAAGCACAAAACUCGCACCCGGGAUCAUACCUCCAGUCGUGAGCAGUCGCCAGCGAGACGACCGAGACCCGAUCGAAGACACAGCUCUUACCGUACGGAGACGAGAGAGCCUUCUCUGUCCCAGCAGCGAGGACGUCCAGUAGAUCGGUUCGUGGAAGUGGACUACGAUGAGGACGAUGAAGAUGAAGAGAUGGACUACUCUCCUCAGCGCCCAAAACGUGACAGCCACAUGCAGAUGGAUAUGAUAGAGGCGCUGGAGAAUGCCGUGGAGAUCGAGAGACGGCAAGUACGAGAUUGCAAGAGGCAUCUUGAGCAGGCAACUCGACAACCAGCCAUCAGUUCGCACUAUCUACAGCGACUGCUGGAUGAUCUUAAGAAGCACGAAACUGCCCUUUUAAAUGCUCAGACCAACUUGGACGAGAUGAAAGCGAAGCAGAGAAGUUCACGCCCACGCCCAACAUCAUAUCACCAAUCGCGAGUACCGCAACCUCAACAGCCAGCGUCAACAAGAACCAUGGACGACAACAUGUUUGGAUCGUUUGGCAUUGAAUCUGACCCCUUCUUCGGACGUCCACAACCACGAUCGCAGCAUUCAGACCCCCUUUUCCAGGCCUUCCAGGACAUGCACUCCUUUGACCCAUUCGGCCGCGGGCCAUUCGGAGCCUUCGACCAACUCUUCGAACAAAUGCAUCCUGCUGCGAACGAUGCUCACUUCCGCUUCUUCACCAACACUGGCGCUCAAUCCAACCCCAACAACAACCAACAACGCAAGCGUACACGCUUCAGCACACCAAACGGAGGCACUCAAUUCCCCAACACAAGCGCGGGCUUCUCUUUCCCUCCACCGCCUCCACCACCACAACCCCCCGCCAACCUCCUCAAACCAGACGAAGCCAAACGCCUCUUCAAAACCUACAACGACCGAUGGACCGCCCUCCCCGCCACAGACGCCAACAUCCCCUAUCCCGCCCGCGGCCUGAAAGCCUCCUCACUCAGCGCCCGCGACUCCCUCUACGCCCCCCUCUGCGCCGCCCACCCAUCCACCUGGUCCGAAGAAACCAUCAUGCAAGCCAACGCGCAAGCCUUCUACCUCGGCGUCGUGGGACUCUCCCCGAUUUACAAAGAAGCCCCCGGCACGGGCAGGAUCGAGAUUGGGUUCGAUAAGACGCAGGCGACCCCGGCGCAGAUCAAGGAUUUGGUGGAUGUGUUGAAGAAGGAGAAGAUGCGGUGGCAUUCGGAUCGGUUGGGGAGGAGGAAUGGGGGUGGGGGUGGGGGCGUUAUGAAUGAGGUUUUGCAGAAGGAUGAGAGGGCGAGGGCGGUGUUUCAUGCUGUUUGUGAGUUGAUGGAGAAUGCGCAGUGA